AUGAAGGACAAUCUAAUCUACGCCGCGAAGUGGGUUGGCGAGCCACUCAUGGAAAAUAAUCAUACGACAUCAUCAACCGUCUCCAUGGGCGAGAGCGGCCUAAUAUGGUCGUGGUUGUCUCGAACCGAGCCAGUCUCAUGGAACGUGAUGGCAUGGAUGGCAUGUGGUGCGGUGCUUUUCCCCGUCUUCGUCAAGGGCCUCUACAACUUGUAUUUCCACCCUCUUCGAAAUGUUCCCGGGCCCAAGCUCGCGGCAUUGACCGACUUUUACGCCUUCUAUUGGAACUGGAUACGGGACGAAGGGUACUCCAAGCGUUUCGGCUCUCUACACAAGCAUUACAAUUCUCCCAUCAUCCGCAUCGGCCCCAACCACGUCCACACGAACCAGCCCGAGUACUUCGACGUAAUAUUCAAAGCUGGGUCGAAAUGGAAAAAAGACGGCUCGUUCUACAGAUAUUUCAACGGCCUGGACGCCAUGAUCGAUCCGGCACAGUACCGCGCCUACCGCACGCAUCUGGCGCCGUUGUACGCGCAGCGAGCCGUCAACGAGCUGCCGCCCAAGCUUCACAGAGAUCUACUCCUCUCCGCCGCCAAAAUGGAGGCGAGCGUCAAGACGGGAGACGCAGUGAACAUGGUCAAGGUCCUGCGGACAUUGAGCACUUCCAUGAUUCUCUACAACCUGUACUCACAGGACAUCUCCCUCAUUGAGCACGACGGCUAUCAUCCCUUCUUGGAGGCCUUUGAGCAGCUCAUGACGCAGAGCUGGCUGUUCGUCACCUAUCCCCUGCCGGCCAUGCUCCUGGGUCUCAUUCCGGGGACGAGCUUCGCGCGCUUCAAAUCUUCCUACACGACCUUUAUGCAGUAUUGCCAGGCCUGGAACGACAACGACGUCCGCAUGCUGCAGGCGACGGAGCCACGGGAACUGCGUGAUUCCCAUAUGAAGCGGUACCUGGCCGCCGAGAGCGAGGGCUGCGCAAAAUCUCGCUUCCUGCCAAGUCCCAUCGACGACGUCUUUAAUUUUGUCGCCGGCGGCAGCGACACGACCUCGUACACGCUCGCCUGCGCAUUCUUCCACGUCCUCUCGUCGCCUGAGAUUUACGCCAAGCUCCUGAGAGAGCUGGAUGAGGGUGCUGCGUUCAUAAGGGACUCGUUUGACUACAGCAAGAUUCAAAACCUCGCAUACCUGAACGCCGUGAUCAAGGAGACGCUCCGGAUUUCCGUCCCUGUUCCGGGCUGUUUGCCCCGGACUGUGCCCGACGGCGGGACGACUUUGGGUUCCGUCCAUCUCCCUGCCGGUACGGCCGUUUCCCUGUCCCAGCAGUCCAUCAGCUUUGACGAGGCGAUAUUUCCCCGUCCACACGAGUUCGAUCCGGAAAGAUGGCUGGGCAGCGAAGCACAGCGCCUGGACAGGUGGAACGUAGCAUUCAGCAGAGGUCCUCGUCAGUGUAUCGGCACCAGCCUGGCCUAUCUGGAGCUUCGUUGUGUCCUGGCCUAUUUCUUUUCCCGCUUUGAAAUGGCACUGACUGGCAGCUGCGGCGACCGCCUUCGUUGGGUCGAUCGCUUCGUCGCCGUUAACCUGGAUGAUGUCGAGGUCAGGCUGCUUGGCGAUCGGUGGAACUGA